UGAAAACCUAUAGUUAGUUUUGACCAUCUUACUGUUCAGUUUGUUACCACAACAAAGUACCCUUCUCUUUCACUCUCUCUCCUCUUUCUCUCUCCAAAAAUCAUAAUUUUCCUUCUCUCUCCUGCAUUUUUCAGCUUUGCAUAAUAAAACCCUAAUUUUUCUAUCGUUCUUUCUUUCUUUCUGUUUACUCUCACUUCACCAGAGAAAAUCUGAAGGAAAAAGAAUUGAGAAAUCAAGGAUUGGGAUAUAUGUCCUUCAAUCAAACAAAGCCCGAUAAGAGCGAGAACUAUAAUCGGAAACCCGGGCGACCCCAGAGCUCCACUCACCUGCGUGGACACUCAGGCGCUUACGGUAGGGGAAGCGGCGGGCCCGCCCCUUCACCGUCAAUAAAUCGCGGUAAGAAGUAUCACAAUGCACAAGGGCCGCAACUUAGGGCAAAUGUGCCGAAUGUAAAUCCUUCUGAUAGUAAUGUUGCAACACUUCGUGGAGUGCAAAAUGGUGCCCAUCUACAGCCCCCAUUACACGGAGCACCUGAUGCACCGGUUAACUUAUCAGCUGCUAAGCAAGCUGAAACUUUGGCAUCUCAAAGAAACUUUCGAGGUCAGAAGGUACCGACUUCACAACAUGGCACCAUGAGCAGUGAGAGUUCAGCCACCACUACCCCGACAAAAGCUCCAGAUGAUGGAUCAAAGGCUGUAGUGUUUCAAUUUGGUUCGUUAAGCCCUGGUUUGGUGAAUGUAAUGCAGGUUCCUGCUCGUACAAGCUCUGCUCCGCCAAAUUUGGAUGAGCAGAAACGUGACCAGGUACGUCAUAAUUCUGGUAAAGCUGGGCCUUCAUUGCCUACUCCAAAUGUUCCUAAGCAGCCAUUACCUAGGAAGGAUCAUGUUUCUGUUGAUCAACUCAAUACGUAUGAGGCGCAUCCAUUGCCCAAGGUUAAAAAGGAUGUGCAAGUCUCUCCAGCACCUCCUGCAAGUCAAACGCACAAGCCGUCUGGUCAUUCAAUGACUGGCAUUUCUAUGCCAACUCCAUUCCAUCCACCCCACGUUUCCAUGCAAUUUGGUGGACCCAACCAACAGAUUCAAUCUCAGGUUGUGCCAUCCAAUCCUCUUCAAAUGCCAUUGCCUUUGCCAUUACAAAUGGGAAGUGCUCCUCCAGUGCAGGCACCACCUAUGUUUGUACCUGGUCUACAAGGACACCCAAUGCAACAUCAGGGAAUGAUGCAUCAAGCACAGAACAUGAGUUUCACAUCUCAAAUGGCUCCGAUGCAACAACAGUUGAGCAACAUGGGCAUCAUUGCUCCACAAUACUCUCCUCAGUCUGGGGGGAAAUAUAGUGCUCCUCGUAAAACUACUGUUAAGAUUACUAACCCAAAGACACAUGAAGAGGUUAGGUUUGACAAACGUUCGGAUGGUUAUUUAGAUGGUGGAUCAUCUGGUCUGAGGUCUCAUCCUAAUGUUCCACCUCAAUCUCAGCCAGUUCAACCUUUUCCAGGCUCCCAUAAUCAUACCAUCAAUUAUUACUCAUCUUCCUAUAAUUAUUUUCCAACUAGUGGCCAAAUCCCACCUAGUUCUCAGGCACCAAGAUUUAACUAUCCAGGAAGCCAGGCUCCCCAGAGUGUAACGAUUAUGACUCCAUCAGCACUGCCUGUUAAUAAAUCUGGUACCCAUAUGCAUGGAAUUUCGGAACCAUCAAACCUAGAACAUACACGUGAUGCACACAGUUUAAUCUCGUCCGUGCCACCAGGAACGACACAUGUGACAGUUAAACCCAGUGCUGGAUCUUUUGGAGAGAAGGUACUGGUAGAGACAGUAUCAAGUAAUUCAACCAUAGUUGAGAAAUCUGAAAUGCCCAAACCUUUAAGGGUGUCAGCUGAAGUGAGCAUUUCUCAGUCUCCUAGAAAUUCUGAGAUUUCUACAGAUAGGUCUUUACAUCAACCAAAAUCUGGCAGUGACGUUAUUGUAUCAAAAGUGGCAGUGGUGACUGAUUCAUCUACUGCUAUGCCUGCUGCUGUCACUGUUGAAUGCAAGGAUGACGAUGCUGCAUCAGUUAAUCAUGAUACUACUGCUGUAGAAAGGGCUGACUCCAGCAGCAAAGAAACUCUUAGCAGGUCGAAUUCAAUUAAAGAUGAGCAGAAGAAAGAAUUGAGAGAAGGAUUUUCUCAGGGCCAGGUUGGUGGGCAAUCUCUUUCUGUGUCAAGCUUGCCUUCUCAGACUUCAGAACGCAAUCUAUCAUUGGAAAGUGGUGCAUCAGAAAUUAUCGAGUCUAAUCAAACUCUUACUUCUCUGGUGAAUAAUAACGAUGUUUCAGAAGCAACUGAGGAAUCACUAUCAACUCCUAGGGUUGACACUACUGAUCCUUCUGUAACAAAGGCCGAGAUUAUAGAAAGCAGUUCAAGUAUUUCAGCUGAAAUUUCUGGUACGGAGACUGCUGUUGAUAAAUCAGGUUCUGUUAUAAUUGAGGAAGAAAAAGCAGAAACAACUUUGCCUGUGGAGUCAGCUAAACAAGUUAGGCAGGAAUUGGACCCAGAAGAAACUUGUAAAAGCAUUGAUAUAUCACCAUUAGAAAGUUCUGGAGUUUUGAUGGAUAGAUCAGGGGGUAUUAGUGUUGAAGUUGUCGAAAGUUCUGCUGAGAUUUCAGCUAGUGUUGAUACCACUUCUAGUAGAGGUGAUAGCAUCAGUAAUGAAGUUUCUUUACAAAAUUCUGGAGUGGAGCAGUCCCAAGCUCAGGCUAUUGAGUCUGCAAAACCUGAAGGUGGAAGUAUGGAGAGUGUUUGUGCGGGAAGUGUGGAAAACCUUGUUGGUGCUGAGGUUUCAGUUUUAGGAGCUUCUAAGGAUAGGUCCACUUCAGAAUUGAGUAGGACAAAGAGUACUAUUGCAAGAGGGAAGAAGAAACGGAAAGAGUUACUUCAGAAGGCAGAUGCUGCUGGGACAACAUCUGAUCUUUAUAAUGCGUACAAGGGCCCUGAAGAAAAGAAGGAAAGUGUUGUGGAUUCUGAAGGCACUUCUAGCAGCACAAAUUUUAACCAGGUUACUGUUGAUGAACCUGCUGAAAAUGUUGCUCUUGUUGAAAAAGAUGCAGGGGCUAAAUCUGAGCCUGAUGACUGGGAAGAUGCUGCUGAUAUUUCCAAACCAAAGCUGGAAACUGUGGAUAAUGGCGAACAUGCACAGCCUGACAAAGAUGAAAACAAGAAUACAGUAAAAAAGUAUUCCAGAGAUUUUCUCUUAAAAUAUGCUGACCAGUUUACUGAUGUUCCAAAGGAUUUUAAAAUUGCAGCUGAUAUAUCAGAUUUGCUACUGAGUAAUGUCGCAUCUCAUCUUGAGCGCAAUUCGCAUUCUAGUCCAGGAAGAAUUGUUGAUAGGCCUGGUGCACCUCGACUGGAACGCCGUGGCAGUGGAAUUAUGGAGGAUGACCGAUGGAAUAAAGUGCCAAGUCCUUAUGGGGCUGGACGUGAUUUGCGCUUGGACAUGGGUUUUGUUCAUAAUGCUGGUUUUCGUCCAGUAACAGGUCAGGUAGCGAAUUUUGGUGUUUUGAGGAAUCCAAGAGGUGGACAGGCACCUGUUCAGUUUGCACCAAUUGGAGGGAUCCUUUCUGGUCCUAUGCAGUCAUUAGGGCCUCAGGGGGCAAUGCAAAGAAACAGUCCUGAUUCUGAACGGUGGCAGCGAUCCACCAAUUUCCAUCAGAGGGGUUUAAUUCCUUCUCCACAAACUCAGUUAGUGACAAUGCAUAAAACUGAGAAGAAGUAUGAAGUGGGCAAGGUUACAGAUGAAGAACAGGCCAAGCAAAGGCAGUUGAAGGGUAUAUUGAACAAGCUAACUCCCCAGAAUUUUGAAAAACUGUUUGAGCAAGUAAAAGCUGUUAAUAUUGAUAAUGCUGGCACACUUCGCGGUGUUAUUGCACAGAUCUUUGACAAAGCUCUUAUGGAGCCUACUUUCUGUGAGAUGUAUGCCAACUUUUGUGCUCACCUUUCUGGAGAGUUGCCUGAUUUUAGUGAAGAUGAUGAGAAGAUUACUUUUAAGAGAUUACUUCUGAAUAAGUGCCAGGAGGAAUUUGAGAGGGGAGAAAGAGAGCAAGAGGAAGCCAACAAAGCUGAUGAGGAGGGCGAGGAAAAAAUAUCUGACGAGGAAAGAGAAGAGAAGAGGAUCAAGGCAAGGAGACGGAUGUUAGGUAAUAUCAGGUUGAUUGGGGAGCUGUACAAGAAGAAAAUGUUGACUGAAAGAAUAAUGCAUGAGUGCAUUAAAAAACUGUUGGGACAACAAGAGACUCCUGAUGAAGAAGAUCUUGAAGCUUUAUGUAAGCUGAUGAGCACAAUUGGGGAGAUCAUUGACCAUCCAAAAGCCAAGGAGCAUAUGGAUGCAUAUUUUGAUUGGAUGAAAACUUUAUCAAAUAAUAUGAAACUAUCAUCUAGGGUUAGAUUCAUGCUGAAGGAUGCAAUUGAUCUUAGAAAGAAUAAAUGGCAGCAGAGGAGGAAAGUUGAAGGGCCAAAGAAGAUUGAGGAAGUGCACAGAGAUGCUGCUCAAGAACGACAUGCACAAACGAGUAGGCUCAGCCGUGGUCCAAGCAUUAAUACACCAAGAAGGGGGCCUUCUAUGGACUAUGGUUCAAGAGGGCCAUCUAUGCUGUCUUCUCCAAGUUCUCAGUUAGGUAGCUUCCGCGCAAUGCCAGGCCCGGUUCGUGGUUUCGGCAAUAGUCAGGAUGUUCGAGCUGAUGAGAGACCGUCUUUUGAGGCCAGGGCCCUGUCAGUUCCCUUGACUCAGAGAACUAUUAGUGAUGAAGCUAUUACCUUGGGCCCUCAAGGUGGUCUAGCUAGAGGAAUGUCUAUUAGAGGAACACCUUUGUCAUCUGCAUCAAUGGCUGAUGUUGCACCCAACAGUGGGGACUCUAGAAGAGUGGCAGCUGGUAUAAAUGGUUAUGGUUCUGUCUCAGACCGGGGUUACGGUCCUAUUAGUGACCACAUCCCAAGAUUUAUGCCUGAUAGGUUUUCAGGACAAUCUGCUUAUGAUCAGUCAAGCGCGCAAGAGCGAAAUAUUAAUUAUAGUGGUAGAGAUAUCAGAAAUACAGAUGCUUUUGACAGGUCUAUUCCAAAUUCACCACCUACACGUGGGCAGGCAACAACUCCCGCCCAGAGUAAUCCCGCAGAGAAGACAUUGCCUGAAGAACAUCUGCGCGAGAAGUCAAGGACAGCUAUUAAAGAAUUUUACAGUGCUAGCGAUGAGAAAGAAGUUGCUCAAUGCAUUAAUGAGUUAAACUCCCCAAGCUUCCACGCCACAAUGGUAUCUUUAUGGGUCAUAGACUCUUUCGAGGAGAAGGACUUGCAAAGAGAUCUUUUGGCGAAACUUCUUGUUAAUCUUAGAAAGUCUCACGGUGAUACGUUAAGUCAGUCACAGCUAUUUAAAGGGUUUGAAUCGGUUCUGUCUAAUUUUGAGGACACCGUAACCGAUGCACCAAAAGCACCAGAGUAUCUUGGCCGAAUCUUUGCGAAAGUCAUCAUGGAGAAUGUGGCUUCUUUGGCGGAGAUUGGCAAGUUAAUACAUGACGGUGGUGAGGAGCCUGGCAGCCUUGUACAUGCAGGGCUUGCAGGCGAUGUUCUUGGAAACACCUUGGAGAUUAUUAGAUCUGAGAAAGGAGACAGUGUUUACAAGGAGAUUGUUGAGAGCUCUAAAGUGAGUUUGGAAUCCUUCCGGCCGCCGGAACCCCUAAAGUCAAGAAUUCUAGAGAAAAUCAUUUUGGGAUAGCAAUGAUGAUGAUGAUGAUGCUCAUUGUAAUCUUGGUAGAAAAAUUCAAAUGCUAGAGCUGUUAGAGUACUUUAUUAAUCUGCAUUAAUAUUUUUGUUGGUUGGCGCGGGAGAGAGGGAAUUUAUAUAAUGGGGUUUUCCUUCUCCAUGGUUUUAAAAUAUUAUUUAUUGCUAAAUCUUUACUGAAAAUUUUAUGAAAAGGUUCAAUUAAGCAUCUAAAUUUAUUUAA